UUCAUUACUGCUACCGCAGCCAUUGUAACUGUUCUCCAUCCUUAUCCUCCUACAAUUUAUUCUCAAUACCAAAGCCAGAUUGAGCCUUUAAAAUAAUAUGCCCAAUCAAGUCAUUUGGUGACCUUGUAGGGGUUAAAGAUAAAAUGCACAUGAAUGGGUUAAAAAUAAAAUACAAAAACAGACACAUAGACACCAAUGAAACAGAAUAGAGAUCUCAGAAAUAAGACUUCAUAUCUACAACCAUCUGAUCUUUGACAAACCUGACAAAAACAAGCAGUGGGGAAAGGAUUUCCUUUUUAAUAAAUGGUGCUGGGAAAACUGGCUAGCUAUAUGCAGAAAAUUGAAACUGGAUCCCUUCCUUACACAUUUUUCAAAAAUUAACUCAAGAUGGAUUAAAGAUUUAAAAUGUAAAACCGAAAACUAUAAAAACCCUAGAAGAAAAUCUAAGCAAUAUCAUGCAGGACAUAGGCAUGGGCAAAUAAUUCAUAAUGAAAAUGUCAAAAGCAAUUACAACGAAAGCAAAAAUGACAAAUGGGAUCUAAUUAAACUCAGGAACUUCUGCACACCAAAAGGAACUAUCAUCAGAGUGAACAGACAAUCUAUAGCAUGGGAGAACAUUUUCACAAUCUAUCCAUCUGACAAAGGUCUAAUAUCCAGAAUCUACAAGGAACUUAAACUAAUUUACAAGAAAUAAACAACCCCAUUAAAAAGUGGGCAAAGGACAUGAACAGAUAUUUCUCAAAAGAAGGCAUUUAUACAGCCAACAAACAUAUGAAAAAAAGCUCAACAUCAUUGAUCAUUAGAAAAAUGCAAACCAAAACCACAAUGAGAUACCAUCUCAUGCCAGUCAGAAUGGCAAUUAUUAAAAAGUCAAUAAACAACAGAUGCUGGUGAGGCUGUGGAGAAAUAGGAACACUUACACUGUUGAUGGGAGUGUAAAUUAGUUCAACCAUUGUGGAAGACAGUAUGGGGAUUCCUCAAAGAUCUAGAACCAGAAAUACCAUUUGACCCACCAAUCCCAUUACUGGUUAUAUCCCCAAAGAAUAUAAAUCAUUCUAUUAUAAAGAUACAUGCAUGCAUACGUUCAUUGUAGCACUAUUCACAAUAGCAAUGACACGGAAUCAACACAAAUGCCCAUCAAUGACAGACUGGAUAAAGAAAAUGUGGUACAUAUACACCAGGGAAUACUGUGCAGCCACAAAAAGGAACGAGAUCAUGUCCUUUGCAGGGACAUGGAUGGAGCUGGAAGCCAUUAUCCUCAGGAAACUAACACAGGAACAGAAAACCAAGCACUGCAUGUUCUUGCUUAUAAGUGGGAGCUGAACAAUGAACACAGGGAGGGGAACAACACACACUGGGGCCUGUUGGGGAGCGUGGAGGGAGGGAGAGCAACAGAAAGAAUAGCUAAAACAUGAGGGGCUUAAUACCUAAGCGAUGGAUUGAUAGGUGCAGCAAACACCAUGGCACACAUUUAGCCAUGUAACAAAUCUGCACGUCCUGCACACGUAUCCCAGAACUUAAAACAAAAUAAAAUAAAAUAAGAUAAAAAAUAAAUAAAACACACAGUCCAAAAAGUCAUCCUUUUUUUUUUGAGACGGAGUCUCACUCUGUCGCCCAGGCUGGAGUGCAGUGGCGCAAUCUUGGCUCACUGCAAGCUCCGCCUCCCGGGUUCACGCCAUUCUCCUGCCUCAGCCUCUCCGAGUAGCUGGGACUACAGGCGCCUGCCACCACGCCCGGCUAAUUUUUUGUAUUUUUUAGUAGAGGCGGGGUUUCACGGUGGUCUCGAUCUCCUGACCUCGUGAUCCGCCCGCCUCGGCCUCCCAAAGUGCUGGGAUUACAAGCGUGAGCCACCGCGCCCGGUCUCAAAAAGUCAUCCUGUCUUACAGAGCCAUGGGUGAUCUGGUCUCCUGCUACUUUCCGAACUUCUGUUCUGUUUCCCUCAACCCUCUAGCCUAAAUAAAAUUGGCUUCCUUGCUGCUCUGGAGCAGGCCAAGAGCUUUUCUGCCUCAGAGUCUUUGCACCUGCCAUUUCCUCUGGGAAAUGUUUGCCCCAAGGGAGUUGGGUGACUUGAUCACUCACAUUACUUAGGUCUCUGUUUGAAUGUCACAGAUGUUCUCUUAACAAAGAAGAGGCAAGAAAAGCCACUUUAUUAUUUAUUAAACUCCCACAUAGAGUGCAGUAUUACUGUGUGCCAGACCCUGCUUCAAACACAUUCCAUGGACUAUAAAAUUGCAUCUCUGAGCAGCUCCUGGAGCUGGUAGUAACAACUUACAUUUACUGGGUGAUUACCAUGUGCCAGGUAUUGUGCUAAACACGUUGUAGAUAUUAACUCACUUAAUCCUCGUAACAAUCCCAUGAAGUAGGUACUGCUACUAUCCCGGCUUUACAUCUGAAGUACAGAGAGGUUAAGUAACUUGCCCCAUGUCAUCCAGCAAGAACUAAAUUUGAACCCAGAGCUUAGCCACUGAUGCCUCUUGAGAGAAGGAGUCAGACUUAAGUCGAGUCUUUAAAGGUGGUUGACCAGGCAUUUGUCAGAGUUAAGAAAGAGAGGUAGGGACAUCCUUUUCCAGGCAGAGGGCAUUGUGUGCACACACGUAUAGAAGCGGGCAGCCCACCCUCAUGCUUUCCAGGAAGCAAAUGUGGCUCAGGUGUGAAGUGGCCGGUUGAUGAAGGGAGUUAGCGAGGGAGUAUAAGGAUGUACUGUCUGCCCCCUUAGGACACCUGCAGAGGAUUAAGGUGGCUGUUUCUCCCUGGAGGUGGAGUGGGUGGGUCACUGCACAGGAGCCUAUAGUUGUUGGUCUUUUAAACUCUUAUUGGUGUAACCAGCCACGGAACUCUGAGGCAAGGGGUUGGGGGUGGGAAGGGAAACAGAGAAAAGGCAAGUGAAAGAGAAGGGGAGGUGCAGUUUCAGAACCCAGCCAGCCUCUCUCUUGCUGCCAAGCCUCCCGCCGGCCUCAUCUUCGCCCAGCCGACCCCGCCUGGAGCCCUAUGGCCAACUGCGAGUUCAGCCCGGUGUCCGGGGACAAACCCUGCUGCCGGCUCUCUAGGAGAGCCCAACUCUGUCUUGGCGUCUGUAUCCUGGUCCUGAUCCUCGUCGUAGUGGUCGCGGUGGUCGUCCCGAGGUGGCGCCAGCAGUGGAGCGGUCCGGGCACCACCAAGCGCUUUCCCGAGAUCGUCCUGGAGCGAUGCGUCAAGUACACUGAAAUCCGUCCUGAGAUGAGACAUGUAGACUGCCAAAGUGUGUGGGAUGCAUUCAAGGGUGCAUUUAUUUCAAAAUAUCCUUGCAACAUUACUGAAGAAGACUAUCAGCCACUAAUGAAGUUGGGAACUCAGACCGUACCUUGCAGCAAGACUCUUCUUUGGAGCAGAAUAAAAGAUCUGGCCCAUCAGUUCACACAGGUCCAGCAGGACAUGUUCACCCUGGAGGACACGCUGCUAGGCUACCUUGCUGAUGACCUCACAUGGUGUGGAGAAUUCAACACUUCCGAAAUAAACUAUCAAUCUUGCCCAGACUGGAGAAAGGACUGCAGCAACAACCCUGUUUCGGUAUUCUGGAAAACGGUUUCCCGCAGGUUUGCAGAAGCUGCCUGUGGUGUGGUCCGUGUGAUGCUCAAUGGAUCCCGCAGUAAAAUCUUUGACAAAAACAGCACUUUUGGGAGUGUGGAAGUCCAUAAUUUGCAACCAGAGAAGGUUCAGACACUAGAGGCCUGGGUGAUACAUGGUGAAAGAGAAGAUUCCAGAGACUUAUGCCAGGAUCCCACCAUAAAAGAGCUGGAAUCGAUUAUAAGCAAAAGGAAUAUUCAAUUUUCCUGCAAGAAUAUCUACAGACCUGACAAGUUUCUUCAGUGUGUGAAAAAUCCUGAGGAUCCAUCUUGCAUAUCUGAGAUCUGAGCCAGUCGCCGUGGUUGUUUUAGCUCCUUGACUCCUUGUGGUUUAUGUCAACAUACAUGACUCAGCGUACUUGCUGGUGCAGAGCUGAAGAUUUUGGAGGGUCCUCCGCAAUAAAGUCAAUGCCAGAGAUGGAAGCCUUUUUCCCCAAAGCCUUAAAAUAACUUAUAUCAUCAGCAUACCUUUUAUUGUGAUCUGUCAAUAGUCGAGACAAAUUAUUGUAUAAGAUUAGAAUGAAAAUUGUAUAUUAAGUUACUUCACUUUAAUUCUCAUGUGAUCCUUUUAUGUUAUUUAUAUAUUGGUAACAUCCUUUCUACUGAAAAAUCACCACACGAAACCUCUCUUAUUAGAACAGGCAAGUGAAGAAAAGUGAAUGCUCAAGUUUUUCAGAAAGCAUUACAUUUCCAAAUGAAUGACCUUGUUGCAUGAUGUAUUUUUGUACCCUUCCUACAGAUAGUCAAACUAUAAACUUCAUGGUCAUGGGUCAUGUUGGUUAAAAUUAUUCUGUAGGAUAUAAGCUACACGUCCUUGGUGCUUUACUUCUAACCCUUCCAACAGUGCUGUGAGGUUGGUAUUAUUUCAUUUUUUAGGUGAGAAAAUGGGAGCUCAGAGAGUUUAUAUAUUUAAGUUGGUGCAAAGGUAAUUGCAAGUUUUGCCACUGAAAGGAAUGGCAAAACCACAAUUACUUUUGAACCAACCUAAUAAUUAGCCAUAAGUCCUACAUUUAGUAUCAAGCUAGAGACUGAAUUUGAACUCAAGUCUGUCCAACUCCAAAAUUCACGUGCUUUUUCCUUCUAGGCCUUUCAUACCAAACUGAUAGUAGUUUAUAUUCUCUUCCAACAAAUGCUUGUUGGAUUAAAUUGACUAGAAUGGAAUCUGGAAUGUAGUUCUUCUGGAAGGCUCCAAAACACAUGUUUUUCUUCCCCUGUCUUCUUCCUCCUCUUCAUGCUCAGUGUUUUAUAUAUGUAGUUUACAGUUAAAAUAUACUUGUUCCUGAUACUGGCAGCUUAUGUUUUCUCUCUUUUUUCAUGGAUUAACCUUGCUCGAGGGCUUUAACAAUUGUAUUACUUUUUCAAAGAACCAAGCUUUAGCUUCAUUGAUUUUUUCUUUCUAUUUAAUUGGGUUUUGCUCUUAUCUUUAUCAUUAGAAACAUAGAAAUGCUUUCUAAUUUCUUUGGGUAGAUUUAUUUAUUCAGCUUCUUGAGAUGGAAGUUUAGAUCAUUGAUCCUUCAGCUCGUUUUCUUUUUGUAUACAUAGAUUUUAGAACGAUACAUUUUCCUUUGAGUUCUGCUUUAGCUGCAGCUAUUAUUUUUAUAUGCCUCUCUUUAUUAUCCUUCGGUUAAAAAUAUCUUUCAAUUCAUUGUUAUAUAAAAAUAUGUGCUUAGUUUUUAACAUCUGGAGAUUUUCUAGUUUUGAAAAAAACAUAAGCCAGGCAAGGUGGCUCCUACCUGUAUCCCCAGCACUUUGGGAAGCUGAGGCAAGAGGAUCGCCUGAGCUCAGGAGUUUUUACACCAGCCUGGGCAAAACAGUGAGACAUUAUCUCUAAAAAAAAUUACCUGGGUACCGUGUUGUGCACCUGUAGUCCCAGCUACUCCGGAGACUGAGGUGGGAGGAUUGCUUCAGCUUGGGAGGUUGAGGCUGCAGUGAGCGGUGAUCACACCACUGCACUCCAGCCUGGGUGACAGAGUGAGACCCUGUCUCUAAAAACAAAAAUAAAUAAAAUAAACCAUAUGUGUUGAAUAAAGCAUUAACAAAUUAAUUUCAGACUCCUUCAGGGAAUGACCACAAUUAUUGAAAAUAGCCUAAAUGUUGCAGUCAGGCAUUUCUAGAUUCGUAUUUUGACAUCGUGCUGUCAUCUUGAACAAAAUACCUAACCUUUCUGAACUUCAGCUUCCUUGCCACUCAAAUAAGGAUUACAAAACUUAUCCCUGUUAAAGUGUGGGAAGUACUAAAGACGACAGCAAAAACUGAGUCCAGCACAGAGCUUCCUAAAUAAGCAAGCACUCAACAGUGCUGGUUCCUUUCCUCCUCCCCUGCUUGACAAUCCAGUUUCCCACAGGAGCCUUUGUAGCUGUAGCCACCAUGGUCAGUCCAGGGAUUCUUCACUAGCCCUUUCUCCCCUGGCAGACAUCCUUGUGGGAGUUUAGUCUUGGCUUGACACGAGGAUGGGAGUUUGGGACCAGUUCUGAGUGAGAGUCAGACUUGCCCCAAGUUGCCAUUAGCUGCCCCUCCAGAAUGUCUUCAGAGUCGGGGCCUGGUCAGUCUACCGGGUGACCUGGCUGUUUUCCUCUUAACACCCUUUCCACUUUGGUUGCUGCUUUCUGGACUCAUCGAGUCCUUGCUCAACAGGAUACCCCUUGAAGUGGCUGCCUGGGCCACAUCCCCUUCCAAACAAGAAAUGGAAAUAUUAGAAAUCAAUUUUUGAAAUUUCCCCUAGGAAGACUUUUGAGUGUUCAAGUUCAGAGCCAGUGGAGACCUUAGGGGAGGCUGGUCACAAGGAUUUUGCACUGUGCUGUAGAGGGCCCCAAGGAACUACAGAGGUGGUGAGGGGCUGGGUGCUCUUUUCUCCGUGCAUGACCUUGUGUGUGUGUCUUCAUUACCACAAUGCCUCAUCUCUACCUCCUUUCCCUCUGUAGUUCCAGCGUGGGUAUCUUGGACAUCUCUAGCCCAAAGGACUUUCUGACCUACAUGUAUAAAUACCCCCUCACAACAUAUAUUAAUUUUCUUGUAAGUGACUUCUCUACUGGAUUACUGGUUGUUCAUACACCUCAUAUUUUACACGUAAAUCUACUACUCCCUGUCUCCCUACUCCAUUCUCAUGUGCUGUAGAAAAUUCUCUUACCAUCCCAACUUUCACCCACCAUCAUGCUUACCCAAAGGCUGUGGGAAUGACCUGGGCCCUAAUGCCCCUUUUCUAAAUUCCUAAGGCUCACCAUUUUCCUAUUGUAAUGGUUCUUGACCUUAUAAUGUUUGAGGCACCUUUUCAAAUAUAGUCCUUUGAUUUCAGACUGAAUACUUGAAAGGACACACACACACACACACACAUAUGUAAGUUCAUAUGACUGUAUACACCCCUCCACACACACACGUGCCUGUAUACAGUCAUAUGAUAUAUGCACAAACACACGUACACACGCCUGUAUACAUCAUAUGCCAACAGUGGGGAUAUGUUCUGAGAAAUGCAUCAUUAGAUGAUUUUGUCAUUGUGUGAACAUCAUAGAGUGUACUUACACUAACCUAGAUGGUAUAGCCUACUACACACCCAGGCUACAUGUUAUCACCUAUUCCUCCUAGGCUACAAACCUGUACAGCAUGUGACUGUACUAAAUACUGUGGGCAAUUUUAACCUGAUGGUAAAUGUUUGUGUAUUUAAACAUAUCUAAACAUAGAAAAGAUACAGUAAACAUGCAGUAUUAUAAUCUUAUGAGACCAUCAUCAUAUACGUGGUCCAUUGUUUGGUCCAUCAUUGGCUGAAGAGUGGUUAUGCGACACAUGACUGUAUAUAUACUUUCCUGUUACAAAAACAGUGUCUCUCAAUCCACAGUAAUUGCAGCAUCCAGUAGGUCUUACUUUAGCCCUGAGUCACCAUUUGUGUCAACGUGUUUAGUGCCAUGUCCACGUCUCUCGUGUAACUGGCAGAGCUAUCAAAUAUUUUGGCAAAACGCAUUGUUUCUUUGGCUUUGUCUUGGCAACUUUCUGUGCCUUUUGUAGCUCUUGUUUGGAAGAAGCUCAACCCAUGUCUGCACACUGUGAUACAAGGGGGACAGCAUCGACUUACUUCUUGGUGCCUUAUUCCUCCUUAGAACAAUUCCUAAAUCUGUAACUUAAGUUUCUCAGGAAGAUUCUAUACUGCACAGAAAAACUGCUUUUAUGGGUUUUUAAAAGGCAAGUUGUUAUAGGUGCUGGAUAAUUUUUAUGUAUGACCGAUAAAAAUUGUAUAAAGUAAAAUAUUAAAAUACACCUAGAAUACUGUAUAACUUUAAGUCAUUUUAUCAACACAUUGCUAAUCCAGAUAUUUUCCCACAGUUUUUCUUAGAAUAACAAAGCAGCUAAUUUACUUAUACUAUGAAUAGUCAUCAUUUUAAUAUAUAUUUUAAGCAAUCCACCAAGAACUCAGUAGGCAGCUGAGAGGUGCUGCCCAGAGAAGUGGUGAUCAGCUUGGCCUUAGUUCACACACACAAAGCACAACAGGCUUUGAACUAUCCCCUAACAGGGCAUUUAUUCUUGAACUUGAUUCAGAGAGGCACACAUUACCAUUCUCCAAUCACAAUGCAAGUAGCACAAGGCAGUGGAAACUAUGGAAUUAAGAGGCAGGUGAUGCAUUGGGCAAGUUUAUUAACAUCUGUGACUCUCUAGUUUGAAGUUUAUCUGUAACAGACAAAAUGAAUUAUACAAACAAUAAAAGUAUCAUAAAGAA